AGCGUUACAUGCAGUCACGAGUUCCAGGCAUGGACACUGUCUCUGUAAAGACCUUCAUUUGUCCCGAGAUCUUGCAGCACAUGCACUGUUUUAAUUUUUGACUCCAAGUGAAGGCGAGAACACUGCUGAACAUGGGCGACACGUUUGCGGGUUCGCGCCCUGUAUAUUCUCUACCUCUGAGUUUUCCUCCCAGAGGUCCGAUAUGGGAGCGUCUAUUCCAGUCACGCGCGUGCGCCGAACCUGGGAAACAGGCGCGCGCAUGAUGCUGACGGCGUAUCGGCCGUCUUUCUGCACAGACACAGAUCACCAGAAAUUAUUUAUAGAUUCCCUUGUUGACUUUGGAAACCGAAGCCUCGAAACAAAUCGCCACAGAGGCAAAAAAAAAGAGAGCGUAAUCUGUGCAAGGACUGAGUCUAGAACAAUGCGCUCGAGAGCUGGAUGAACGCGCCUCUCCGUUAUUCUCCGUUAUUACUACCGCGCGGAAGGAUGGGAUACUCGGACCCGACGGCCGGGCGCGAUUUGCUGGGGAACAGAUCCCUGUGUUUCAUUUUCAUCUGCGCUUUCGGCGUGGUCACACUGCUGCAGCAAAUCCUCUACGGCAAGAACUAUAUCCGGAGCACGCAACAGUUUACCCGCCUCAAAGGAGAGGAGGUGGGCAACUGGAGCGGCCUCGUUAGUUACCCUGAUGAUGGAGGGAUGAAGCAACCUGCCAGAAUUGGGAGGAAAAGAUGCGUCCGUCAGAAUUUUCAGCACUCAGAGAACUCCGUAGUUAUCGCGCCCUGCCUAGCUGAUAUUAAGAAGAAAAAAAAAGAAAAGAGAAGGUAUCUGGAGAGUUCUAAUGGACCCCUCCUGUAUAACACCACCACCUGCAGAGAACUGCGCCAAGAAAUCACAGACAUCAAAGUGCUGUCCACGGUGAAGACAUCAGAGUUGUUUGAAAGAUGGAAAAAUCUGCAGGCUUGUUCAUGGGAGCAGAACAAAGAAGAGACCAGCAACUUCAAGAUGUCUCUGUCACGGUGCUGUAAUGCUCCCUCCUUCUUGUUUACAACGCAGAGGAACACACCAUCCAGCACAAAACUGCGCUACGAAGUUGACACCAGUGGCAUCUUGCACAUCAGCCCCGAGAUAUUUAAAAUGUUUCCGGAGGACAUGCCUUACUCUAAAUCACAGUUCAAGAAGUGUGCUGUGAUUGGAAAUGGAGGAAUAAUUAAAAACAGCAAAUGUGGGAAAGAGAUUGACUCUGCUGACUUUGUCUUCCGAUGUAAUAUUCCUCCUAUUUCUGAGAAGUAUGCAGCAGAUGUGGGAACUAAGACUGAUCUGGUGACCAUCAACCCAAGCAUCAUCACAGAGAGGUUCCAGAAACUGGAGAAGUGGCGGCGGCCUUUCUAUGAUGUCUUGGCAAGCUACGAGAAUGCAUCUGUGGUGCUGCCUGCAUUUUAUAAUGCACGCAAUACUGAUGUGUCCUUUCGUGUCAAGUAUGCACUGGAUGACUUUGGUGGCACCGCGGCACACAAUGUUUUCUUCUUCCACCCACAGUACCUCCUCAGUGCACAACGCUUCUGGGCGGUGCAGGGCGUCCGUGCCAAACGCUUAAGCAGUGGCCUUAUGCUGGCCACAGCGGCACUUGAACUGUGCCAGGAGGUACACCUCUAUGGCUUCUGGGGAUUCCCCAUGAACCCAGCAGGCAUAUUCGUUACGCACCACUACUACGACAACGUCAAACCGCGCCCGGGCUUCCACGCCAUGCCGCAAGAGAUCUUCAGCUUCCUGCGCAUGCACGCACGUGGAAUCCUGCACGUGCAUACGGGGGUGUGCAGGUGAUGGCAUUCACCACCGAAGCUGCUGUUUGUCAGCCUUUUUUUUUCAAGCGAGGCGCUUCCAGUUGAAAGCCAGUGGUGUGAAACUCAAAAUGAGCUUCUAAGUGUGUUUGCAUGUGAAAGACAAUAUUCUUGAGAUGUACUAAUGUGGUUUCCACUGAGAUGACUUCUGAUUGGGUUGAGUGAAUUCAAGCCAGGGGUCGGAUUUAGUGUCUGAAACACAUUAGUGCUGUGUUUAUGGGCAACCAUUUUGUUUCCCGCUAUGUUUUUGAUAUAGAGAACAUAUAAUUUUGUCUGUGCCGUCGCUACAUGGUGCCUGUUUUGUGCGCGGUAUUUUGUGUAGUUGUUUUUUGUGAAACAUCAAAACGGUAGUUUUAUUCUGUGAAAGGGCCACGAAACCUCAAUAAGCCUACACUUCUCUCAUGCACACCAUAGAACUAUUUAUCACUUAAAUAUAAAUUACUUAUUAUUGUCAGAAACAAACUAUUGAUAAUAAUAUUGUAAGCGCUUCUUUUUUCAUAAGAUAUUGUUGCAACUCUAAAGACUGGUUGUAAUAAAGUUCAUGGUCUCAAACACAGCAAACAUAUUUGCAUGGAGACAGGACAAAACUUUUCUUAUUUAAACAAAACAAGCCAAAAAAAAAAAAAACAGUCUAAACAGCACUGCAUUCAAAGUGGCAUUGAAAAUAAUGGGUAUGUACACAGAGGUAAAAGAGUGCUGAAGUGAAGGCUCUUUCAGAAUGUUUGGAGUGGAUACACAUAUAUAAAUAUAUUUAUAUAUGGGAAUAAUAUCACUACUGUAUAAUUUAUUGACAGAUGUCUGCAAAUGUAUCAGCACUCAGUAAUUUCACUUUACAGCUGUUGGCUUAAAUAGUUUGAGUAUUUCUUAACAUUUAAUUAAAACUGUUAUGCAGAAUUUAUGAAGCCUUUACAGUGUUAAUUUUUAUGACCCUUUCUCAAUUAUGGAGGAUUUAUCAUAUGAGACAGUUUUGACUCUGUUACAAGACUGUUUGGACCACCGUAAGCCUCACAGUGAACUGAGGUUUUCAGAAACAGAUAUUUCUACCAGAUUAAUGAUUUGUAUACACAGAACAAGUGUUUUGUCUGUAUUCUUUUGAGGUUGCCUAUACAUGAGAACAGUGGGGACUCUUAGGAAAAAAAGACAUUUUUAAAGAAAAAGCAGGCAACAGAAGACAAAGUGUGGUGUGCCACACAAGUGUUGAAUUGAAAUAUCAUAUCGGAGAUGAGCUUUUCCAAAACUAGACACAGACAUGACUAAUCAACUAAAAAAAUAAAUAAGCCUAUAAAUCACAACCAUUCUAAGUCUUUUAGGGAAAAAUUCAACUUUGGGUUGAAUUGAAGGUUUUUUUGUGCCUGUCUGUCUUUCUCUUUUGUUCUUGGUGCCUUUAUGUGUCAUGCCAUAUUCCCUCCUUGGUGCCACCAUACUGAAUGGCAUUCUUUUGGUUAAUCUUGUACAUUUUGAAAUCUUUCAAACAUAUUUUAUUCACAUCAUUAAGAACUGGCACUGUUUGACAAAUGUUUAAUGAGUUUCUGUGUGUGGGAUGGGCUUACUUGUAAACUGUCCAUCUUAUGUUUACCUUUUCCGGAAGGUAUGAACCAUUUUGGAGAGAGCCAGCAACAUUCUGUGUGUUUCUGCACACUCACCAUUAGAAAAUAUGUACACUGUGAUGCAGAACAAAUAUAAUUGAUUCAUUAUGCUCACAUAGAGGUGGUGUCAGUUUCCACUGAAAUGGUGAAUAAUUGAUCACAUUCUGAGGUUGAUCAGUGUUAAUCUGACUAACAUUGUCUGAUUUCUCCAUGGAAGUCCCUUUCCAGUGCCAGACACAAACACAAAAUCUUAUUAAGCAUGUUCUACAUAUCAUUAUCCCCAUAGUAGAAUCACAACUCGCACUUUUGAGGAAUUAAAUAAAAUGACAAAAGGGACAUCUGUGACAUAUGAAGAAAGCUUUCGAACAUGGUUUUAAUGUACUAUGUGCAAUAUGCACUGUCUUUAUCAAAUGUGUAAAUAAAUUCAUUUGGAAUUACUGA